AUGAAUAUUGGAACACUCAGCUUGUACUUUUCGACAUCAGGGACGAUCACGGACCAGGCCGUCAUGGUGUGGUCGAUGAGCGGUCCUCAGACAAACGCUUGGAUAGGAAGAGAGAUACGGGUAACGGAUUUCAUCUCCACCUCCACAUCUGGGUAUUUCCUUUUCAAAGGACAGAUCAACAGUUACACCGCUGAUAUGGCUUUAGAUGACAUCUCCUUGGGCUCUUGUACAGAUCAGCUCACGCCUACCACCUCACAACAAACGACUACAGAUAGUGUGACAACAACGCAGUCAACAACGACAGAUAUACCUACAACUACCCAACAAACAACUACAGAUACUGUAACAACUAUUCUGCCAACGACAGAUAUACCUACAACUCCCCAACAAACAACUACAGAUACUGUAACAACUAUUCUGCCAACAACGACAGAUAUACCGACAACUACACAACAAACGACUACAGAUACUGUAACAACUACUCAGCCGACGACUGGUCUCCCUACGUCCGCACCACUAUCUACUACAGAUAGUGUGACAACUAUUCAGCAAACGACAACAAUGGGAACAACCGAAGCCACAACAACGAAUGCGCCAACCACCAUAACGGUGGUAUCAACAACUGAUCAAGCUGACUGUUCACAAUCAAGCACUGGAAGUAGCUUUGUAAUUGCCUUUCCAAGUAACCUAGAGCUGGGUUCAGAGAGCAAUUCAUUGGUUAUCUCGACAUCCUCCCACCAAACUGUUACUGUCGAAGUUCUUGAAUCCGACGGUAAUACAUUAUCUGGUGUAGUUACAGAAGGAAUCAGUCUAACAUUCAGUCUGUCAGAGAAUUCCCGAUGCACAGGAUCUGGUUGGCAGGAUUGCUCAGUAAGAGUGUUGGCAGUAGAUGGUGACAUCUCGGUGAUUGCGUAUAGCGAUGUGGGUACGUCUACGGGUAGUUUCCUCGCAUUCCCUGUGGACAGUCUCGGCGAGGAAUACGUCAUAGCAAGCUACACCCCUAGAGGAGGUUUUAAUUCAGAGUUCACUGUAACUGCAGCUGAUACUGCUGCCACUGUUAUGAUCGAGUUUCCUGAAGUAAUCAGACAACAUCGAUUGAGUAAUGGCCUGACCCCUGAUCUUGAAUUUGACCUCAACGCUGGCCAGACAUAUCAGGUCCAGAGUACUCUGGAUUUGAGUGCUUCCCGAGUGGUGUCAACAACACCCGUAGCCGUAGCAUCAGGAGCAAGUUGCUCUGAAUUGCCAGUUGCAACGAAGUAUUGUGACUAUAUUGUUGAACAGAUGCCUCCAGUAAACACUUUAGGACGCUCCUUUUCUGUUUCUACUUAUCACGCAAGACCACAAAGUGGACUGGAUGUGAGAAUCAUAGCUACUCGUGAUGACACGCGUAUCACAUCGGAUUUAGGUAGCUUCAUUAUUCAUUCGUUCGAGUAUCUUGACCUGAAUGGAAAUCAGCAAACGGCAAUCGAUAUUGAGGCUUCAGAGCCUGUUCUUGUUGUUCAGUACCAGAGGGGGCAUGAAAUUGACAGCAUUGGAGAUCAAUCAAUGACAGUGAUUUCUCCCAAGGAACAGUUCUCACAGUGGAAACCAUGGAUAAGAGUGGGAUCCAGUUCGACGGUGUUUUGUUAG